CGUAUACAAUGGUUAUUACAUUAAAAGUUCUUUUUAAGUAAUAUUAGGUUGGAUCUAAACGAAAUUUAGUACAAAGAAGAAUGAUCACGAAUGUAUACAAAUUAAAAGGGAAAUAUUAUUAUAUUACUCAUAAAAGAUGUGGUACAGCUACGUAUAUGCCGUUAUUAACCUAACCUUGUUAACCCAUAUGCUUCAAUUACAUCAUGCACGUAUUCUCGAUUCCUUUAAAGUAUCGAAACAAUUAAUUUUAUAUUUAAUGGUUAUAUAAUUAUUUAAUUCUGAAAAUCGCUUACAACUCAUGACUCGAAAAAUUAAUAAUAAAAACAGCUUGUUUAAAAUAGACAGUGAGUUACCUAUCCAUUACAUCGACAACCAUUUUAAUUAAUUUGUAUAUAUUACUCGUUACUUAUAAUAACUAUUCUAUCACUAUUUAGCGUGUUAGUUAAUGCUGCGUAUGUUUUUACGAUUGAAAUGUCAUAAAACUUGACAAGGAUUAAUUAACUUCGUUUCUAAUGAACGUUAUACCUACUUAUGCUAAUUGACCUUAAGUUUCCUCGUACGAUCAGUUCAUGCCAAUAUCCAAUUGACAGUGAUUGUACAGCAUGUUAGCAGUCAUCAUCCGCUAAUCGUCUUUCGUUUCUUUGCGUUCCCAUUUCGUAAUGUACCAUCAAUACGGAGAGAAAGUCGAUAGUUUUAUAUAAUGUUUUUGCGUUGACCCUUUUAUCGCGAAUUCGAGUUUCUCUCCACACAGCGUAUACAUAAAAAUUGCAUAUGAAUUUCAUUAGCAUUCAUAACAUAAGAUCGUGGCUUGCUGUAAUCUUUAGAAAAAUAUCGCAAUACUUUUUAGCAAAAGAUAAAUUUAAAAAAAAAAAAAAAAAAUAAGUGACAUCUCAUUGAAAGUACUUCUUUGUUUAUGAGUAAUAAUACACUUUAAGAAAAAAAUGAAAUUAUGUGAAAUUUACGUCGAAUGAACCGAAGAGUGACUCGAAAUUAGUGAACGAGAACGUGUGAAAACUUUCCUGAGUAUGUGUUGUUAAAUGAGAUCUCGACGCUCGAUUGUGUGCAAAUGAUUUGAACACAAUGAUCGAGAUGGCGAAACGCAGUAAUUAAAGACGUUACGUUUACAAUGUGAAAAUUUGCAAACUGUUUAAGAACACUGUGAUUAGAUUUCAGAUAAUCCUGCGUGGUCCUUAAAAACUUCAAGCGGCACAUUUGAUCUGUCGAAUGGCACGUAAUUGGAAGCAGUUGUCGCGGGAUGGAAUUGAACGGAAAUGGCAAUAGGUCUGACCACUCUGCUUAGUACUACUUCGAUCCUCGGAUUCAGCCUGAUUCCCCUCUUAGCGAUCAGCCUGACCGUGUUCCGAUACAAUCAAGCGGAUCCAGAGUCUCACCCGACUAAUGCUCGCCAGCUUCUGCGAACGUACGAUUUCAUAGUGGUCGGAGGUGGGAGCGCAGGUGCAGUGGUCGCAUCGAGGCUAUCCGAGGUGUCGAAUUGGACAGUUCUACUUUUGGAAGCUGGCAGCGACGAAAAUGAAAUCUCAGACGUUCCUCUGCUGGCUGGGUACACCCAGCUCUCGGAGUUCGACUGGAAAUACCAAACUUCACCACCGACCGCGUCCGCGUACUGUCUUGCUAUGCUCGGCGACAGGUGCAACUGGCCUCGUGGAAAGGUUCUCGGUGGCAGCAGUGUGUUGAACGCUAUGAUUUACGUUCGGGGUAAUCGCCGCGACUACGACAACUGGGCGAGUCUAGGCAACCCAGGAUGGAGCUACGACGAGGUCCUCCCCUACUUCCUCAAGUCCGAAGACAAUCGCAACCCCUACCUAGCUAGAACGCCGUACCAUGCCACUGGCGGUUACCUAACAGUCCAGGAGGCACCAUGGAGGACACCCUUAUCGAUAGCGUUUCUGCAAGCUGGUCAGGAGCUAGGCUACGAGAUCCGCGACAUAAACGGAGCGCAACAGACAGGCUUCAUGUUAACCCAGGCGACGAUACGUCGCGGCAGUCGUUGCUCCACGGCAAAGGCCUUCUUGAGGCCGGUGAAGAACAGGGAGAACCUACACAUAGCCAUGAACUCGCAAGCCUUGAGAGUGUUGUUCAACGACGACAAGAGAGCCACCGGGGUCGAGAUCCUUCGCGACGGCCACCAGCAGACGGUACGAGUCAGACGAGAGAUCGUUUUAUCAGCUGGUGCGAUCAAUUCCCCUCAGCUACUGAUGCUAUCAGGGAUAGGGCCUAGGGAACACUUGGCGGAGUUCAACAUCCCGGUGAUAUCGGAUCUGCGUGUCGGAGACAAUCUCCAAGAUCACGUUGGCUUAGGAGGAUUGACGUUCAUCGUCAACGAACCCAUCAGUCUGAAGAAGGAACGUUUCCAAACCAUGAGUGUGAUGAUGGAGUACGUGUUAAACGAGAGAGGCCCGAUGACCAGUCCCGGGGUCGAAGGUCUAGCAUUCGUCAACUCCAAAUAUGCUGACACGUCUGCCGACUGGCCCGACGUUCAGUUUCACUUCGCCCCUAGUUCGAUUAAUUCCGACGGUGGCGACCAGAUCAAGAAGAUCACAGGACUCAGGGACAGGGUGUACAACACCAUGUACAAACCUCUGAAUCACGCCGAGACCUGGUCCAUAUUGCCACUACUGCUGAGACCAAAGAGCUCUGGCUGGGUGCGUUUGAAGAGCAGGAAUCCUCUCGUGUACCCUGACAUCAAUCCAAAUUAUUUCACGCACAAGGAGGACAUGGACGUCCUGGUGGAGGGUAUCAGGAUCGCCAUGCAGGUGUCCAACACCACCGCUUUCCAGCGAUUCGGUUCCAGGCCGCAUACUAUACGGAUGCCUGGCUGCCAUCGCUAUCCUUUUGACACUUACGAGUACUGGGAGUGCGCGAUACGACAUUUCACUUUCACCAUUUAUCAUCCAUCUGGUACGUGCAAAAUGGGACCCAAGAGUGAUCCAACAGCGGUCGUGGAUUCGAGGUUGAGGGUUUACGGGGUGAAGGGACUGAGGGUGGCUGACGCGUCGAUCAUGCCUGCCAUUGUCAGCGGGAAUCCCAACGCUCCUACGAUUAUGAUAGGGGAAAAGAUGAGCGAUAUCAUCAAGGAGGACUGGCGGGUGAGGAAACGAUACGUGGGAGGACGAUGAGUGAUCGUGGCAUUGUUGAUCGAGAUGAAAGUGUUUGUUGCGUAUCGGUGCUUUCUAGAACUUUUAAUGCGAAAUGGCACACUUUCACGACGAAUACGACGAGUGUGAUAUGGAAAGUACGAAUUUUUAUGGAAAUUACAUUUUUACAGAUAUAUACAGUCAAUUCCAUUAAUAUUCGCGCUCUCUAUUUCUAUUGAAGAAGUUUGGUUAAAUUAAAUAAUAGUUUCGAUAUUACCAAAUGGAUUUUUCAUAGUAAAUA